GUCAUGUUCUCGAUGCAGUAUGGAGCAGGAAGACGCGCGCUGGGCGGGCUGGUCCACGAGUGGCUCCCACGAGACUGGAGGCAGGAAGACGAGUAGAGAAGCAGCGCAUACACGCUGCAAGAAGCCGAUGCUAAAGCAGCUCUAUAGAUGCCCCUCCAUUGGCACGAUGAAGAAAAAUCCGCUGACUCAGCUCUUCCUCGCUCUGUUUCUCUCCCUGCCACUGGUCAGCGGGCAGCUGAUCAGUGGCCGGCAGGCCUGUCGGAAACAGUGCGUGUGUGCCAGCGACAUCAUCAGCUGCUCCGGAGUCAAUCUCACCUACGUUCCCGUCCCGCUUCCAAAGUACACUUCCGUGUUGGACCUCAGCUUCAACGCCAUCGGCCGACUGCGAGCAGAGUGGACGCCCGUCCCACUGAACCGCCUCCGCACUCUGCUGCUUGCCCACAACAGCCUCAACUUUCUCUCCUCAGAGGCGUUCGCGUACGUGACCGAGGUGCGCUACCUGGACUUGUCUUCCAACGAGCUCCGCCAGCUGGACGAGUCGAUCUUCGGGCCCCUGAACAAGCUGGAAGUACUUCUGCUCUACAGGAACUUGAUCUCGCAAAUCGACCGCUCCGCCUUCUCGGACCUUGAAAACCUGCAGAGGAUCUACUUGAGCCAGAACCAGAUCUCACGAUUCCCCUUGGAGCUGGUGAAGGAGCGAACCCGCUUGCCGAAGAUCACGGUGCUGGACGUCUCCUCCAACCGCAUCAAAACGCUGACGGCUCAGGAGCUUGGUGCUCUGCCCGCCUGGGUCGCCAACGGUCUGUACUUCCACGACAACCCGCUGCCGUGCAGCUGCGAUCUGUUCCACCUGGUCGCACGCUGGCAGCUCAAAGGUCUCAGCUCCGUCGUGGACUUCAAGAGCGAGCACACUUGUGUCCUGGCUGAUACGCCCAAACAAAAGGUGCCCACGCUGGACCUACACAAAGCCUACCUGAACUGCAGCCAGGUGAAGACUAUGGACAGAGAAGCUUACCUGGAGCAGUCCUUGGUGCUGGACUGUGACACCAAGCAAAGGAACGUGGAAAAGAGCUGGGUGCUGCCGGGAAACGCCACCGCUUCGACACUUCCGGACGGAAACCUCCAGCUGGGGCCGCUGAAGGAAGAUGACUCCGGCGUCUACACCUGCUACGCCAUCAGCGACGUCCUCAACGAGACCUUGUAUUUCACCGUGGUGGUCUUCAACGCCACGGCCGACGGCGGCAUGGAAAAUCUGAAGACUGCCUACACCACGCUCAUCGCCUGCUUGGUGAGCAUCGUGAUGGUUUUCAUCUACCUCUACCUCACGCCGUGUCAGGGGCCGUGCUGCCCGGGUCACGACCCCGAGAAGAACGACCCGGCGGGCAGCCUACGCUCUUUCGUCGUCAGCAUCGCCUUCGCCGACACGGAGACGGCGGCUGAACAGGGAGGCAGAGACUUGGCCAAGGACUUGAUGGAGCAGAACGGCAGGCUGAACCCCUUGAGUGAAACGAGGAGGACGUCUGUCAGCUCGGUCAGCUCGGACACGCCGAUGGUGGUCUGAGAAGUACUUCCUGUAUUGGUGGUCUAAGAUGUACUUCCUGUACAGGUGGUCUACGAAGUACUUCCUGUACAAACAAUGAGUACAACAACAGCAACAGUAAGUACAGGAGAUCUUCUCAAAGGUUAUCAUGACUACACAAGUAAAACUCGGAAGUACUUUCAAGUCUUUCUUUCCUAUGGUCGUGACCAGAUAUGGUCAUUAGUGCGUUAGGGUUAGGGGUAUGAAAACGAAGGAAAGUAAGAAAAAUAACAUUUAUAUCAUCUGUCAGUAGAACAUUUCAGCCUACAAGAUUAUUCCACUUCUAAGUAGAGAAAACACGUUGCGGUAAAUUGUAGAUGUUUACGUUUUACCUCUCAAUAGUGCUGUUAUAACGUCACAAGUGACUGGAAAAUGUGCAUCUUUUGUAGUAGUAGUGUAUAUCUCUCACACACACACACAAACACACACACACACGCACACACAAACACACACACACACGCACACACACAAACAUCAACUAAGUACCGUAUUUUCCGCACUAUAAGGUGCACCGGAUUAUAAAGCGCACCGGAUUAUAAGGCGCACCUUCAAUGAAUGGCCUACUCAAAAACUUUGUUCACAUAUAAGAAGCACCGCAUUAUAAGGUGCAUAGAAUAGAUGCUACAGUAGAGGCUGGGGUUACGUUAUGCAUCCUUUAGAUGAAGCUGCGCUAAAGGGAAUGUCAACAAAACUGUCAGCUAGGUCAGUCAAACUUUAUUAAUAGAUUACAAACCAGCGUUCUGACAACUCCGUUCACUCCCAAAAUGAAUAAACAGCUGUUUUAUUAUUUUCCCCGAAGCAAAGUCAGUGACGUGGUAUUUUGUUUAUCUUUUAACAACAGCAAGGUAAAACAUGUAUAAUAUACUGUUACGGUAAAUCAAAACGUGAGUGCAACAUUAGCAUGCUAACGAAAUAGUGCAAAGCAAUAACAACAUAUCAAUAACUCAACGUUGCUCAAAGGUUAAUGUCACAACACAACACAAAAUAAACAUGUAAAGCUCACUUUGUUAAGUCAUUCCUCAUCCACGAAUCCCUCAAAUUCUUCUUCGUCAGUGUCCGAAUGAAACAGUACGGCUAAUACGGCAUCCAACUUCGAAGUCAUCAUUAAUGUUGUCUAGCAGUUCAGUGACAAUUCCUGCCUUCCUGAAAGCUCGGACCACAGUUGAGACUGAUAUAUCAGCCCAGGCAUUUAGGAUUCACUGGCAGAUAGUGGCGUAGGUCGUCCGGCGCUGUCUCCCUGUCUUGGUGAACGUGUGUUCGCCUUCUGUCAUUCACUGUUCCCACGCAGUUCGCAGUCUAGCUUUGAAUGCCCUGUUGAAACCAAUAUCUAGCGGCUGGAGUUCUUUGGUCAAUCCACCCCUGUUGCUUCCUCCACUUCCGCACUAUUGAUUUGUUGAUGUUUAAUUCUCUCGCUGCUGCUGUAUUCCCGUGUUCUACUGCGUGAUUGAUCGCCUUGAGUUUAAUUUCUGCGUCGUAAGCAUGUCUCUUAUUAGGAGCCACUUUGGGGUCUUUAAACAUCAGAAUAAACACAGAAACGGCACGCCUCCCUCAGUCAUAUAUCCCAGCAUGCACCGCGCGCUUCUUCUUCUACGGGGGGAAAAGAAGGUCGGCGGCUGUAGAAGAAGAAGAAGCGUAGAAGAAGAAGCGCACUUCUUCUUCUACGGGGGGAAAAUUAAGUUGGCAGCUGCUUACCGUUGUUGCCAGACUUAUAUCCAUCCAUCCAUCCAUUUCUACCGCUUAUUGUGGCUCAAUAUUGGUCCAAAUAUAAGGCCCACCGGAUUAUACGGCGCACUGUCAGCUUUUGCGAAAAUUUGAGGUUUCCAGGUGCGCCUUAUAGUGCGGAAAAUACGGUACUAUUAAAAUGUAGCUACUAAAUACAUUUGGAAGUCACUUGCAAGUUACUCAGUGCUUGAUUAGCUUUUUCACUGAGUCAUAUUACUCUCUGGCUUGGGUAAAAUGUUUGACUACUUUACCCAUUUCUAACAAUACACAUAUAGUAAUAAUAAUGUUUUAUUUUAUUAAAUUAAGACUUUGUUCCAACAACCAUACAAUUAUUUAUUUUUAUUUACUACAAUAACAUCUUGGCAACAUUUGAAUCAUUUCAUUCCAGUAGUUUUUUAAAUUCUAAUAAUUCUAUAACUCUUCUCUUACAAUAUUGAGAUGCAUUUUUUUAUUCUUAUAAGAAUAAUGUGAACAUUUUUUUUGUCUACUCAUAGUUAUACAAGCAUUUUUUCCCAUAAAAUGUAUGUUAUUAUCUAUCAUUUGGAUGACUACUUUAAUUUUUACCUGAGUCAUAUUAGUCUAAAGCAGUCCUUCCAAAAUAGUGGGGCAGGACCCCCAGGGGAGGGGCAUAGUGCAAUGCAGGAAAAUGUUUUUUAUUUUUGGCGUACUAAAAUAUGACGAAGCGCAUGUAGUGUUUGGCAUCACUCGGACUAUUGUUGGAGACGAGAAAAGAUCGGUGUGUUCUUUUCUUAAUAUUAAUAAGGAUUCAAUGUUAUGCAGAGGCGUACUUAUUACAAUUUUACAGUAUAGACAAAUUAUACUAUUUAUAGUCGCGGUGGAGAGUGCGGGAGGGCAAAAUAUUUUCUUCCUCCACAGGGGGGAGGACACAGAAAAUAAUUGAGAAGCACUGGUCUAAAGUAGCAGUACUUUUAAAAAAUAAUUGAUGAUAUACAUGAUGAUAAUAUUGUGUUGAAUUUUAAAUAAUUGUCUUAAAGUAAUACUAUUUUAUAUACUGAAAUGUAUUUUUAAUAUUAAGGGAAUUUGUUAAUUUUUUCAUAUCUACUCAUAGUCAGACAAGUGAUUUCCCGUGAAAAAUAUUCUAUAAAUAAUAUCUGGAUAACUUUUUCUUUACUUUUACUUUAGUCAAGGACCCUUCAGAAGAUCAAAUAUAAUUUUUGUCUGCACAAACUACUGCUUAAAGGCCUACUGAAAUGAUAUUGUCUUAUUUAAACGGGGAUAACAGGUCCAUUCUAUGUGUCAUACUUGAUCAUUUUGCGACAUUGCCAAAUUUUUGCUGAAAGGAUUUAGUAGAGAACAUAGACGAUAAAAUUCGCAACUUUUGGUGCUGAUAAAAAAGCCUUGCCUUUACCGGAAGUCGCAGACGCUGACAUCACAAGGGUGAUGGCUCCUCAUGUCCUCACAUUGUUUUUAAUGGGAGCCUCCAGCAGCAAGAGUUAUUCAGACCGAGAAAACGAAAAUGUUCCCAUUAAUUUGAGCGAGGAUGAAAGAUUUGUGGAUGAUGAGAUGGAUAGCGAAGGACUAAAAAAAAAAAAUAAUAAUAAAGUUAAAAAAAAGGCGAUUACAUUGCGACAGAUUCAGAUGUUUUUAGUCACAUUUACUAGGAUAAUUCUGGGAAAUCCCUUAUCUUUCUAUUGUGUUGCUAGUGUUUUAGUGAGAUUAAAUAGUACCUGAUAGUCAGAGGGGUUUGUCCACGGGUGUCUUGACGCCAGUCCCUGAGGGAAGUCGCCGGCAGCUGUAUGGACGGCGCAAGCUCAGCUGAUAUCCGGUAAGAGGCGACUUUUUACCACAAUUUUCUCACCGAAACCUGCCGGUUGACAAGUGGUCGGGAACCAUGUUCGCUUGACCUCUCUGAUCCAUAGUAAAGCUUCACCUCUGGGAAUUUUAAACAAGGAAUCACUGUGUGUUUGUGUGGCUAAAGGCUAAAGCUUCCCAACUCCAUCUUUCUAUUUUGACUUCUCCAAUAUUAAUUGAACAAAUUGCAAAAGAUUAAAAAACACAAUGUCCAGAAUACUGUGUAAUUGCGCGAUGAAAAAAGACCACUUUUACCUGCAAAUGGUGCUACGCUAAUAUUUCCUGACAGUCCGUGACGUCACGCGCACGCGUCAUCAUUCCCCGACAUUUUCAACAAGAAACAUCGCGGGAAAUUUAAAAUUGCAAUUUAGUAAACUAAAAAGGCCGUAUUGGCAUGUGUUGCAAUGUUAAUAUUUCAUCAUUGAUAUAUAAACUAUCAGACUGCGUGGUGGGUAGUAGUGGGUUUCAGUAGGCCUUUAACAACAGGUUCAUCAGCGAAAAUACAUCAAAUGCUGUUUUUUGACUUGCCUCCAUAAUGUCAUCCAGGAAGCCAUCUUUGCUCAGGGGACACAAAUAAGUGCAAGGACGUGAAACAUUUGUGCACAUUAGUGCCCAACCCUGAACAAAGCUUCCAGUCGUCAUAGUAACAUAAUCAUUACCUAUAAACAGUGACAUAAUUAGUAAUUAUAAUCAGCAACAUUAUAGUGCAAGUCAAACAUUGCUGUAGAAGCAACUGGACAAACAUUAGUGUCGUAACAUCAUGAGAACAUGCGUCCUCUGCAGUAAACUUGUGUGUUUUGGGGGGUUUGUUUGCAUAACAAGUUAACAAGGUUAUUAUUUUUUUUAAAUGUGUAACUCAGACAAAAACAAUUAAAUGUUUACUGUAGAGCAUGCUGGUUCUCAGAAAUCUAUGUCAGAUUGAACAUACCUUAAUGAAUGUGUCUUUGUUGUAAGUAGUAUUGGGGCUUCCCUGGGAAGUAAUUCAAAGUUAAACUUAAAGUACCAAUGAUUGUCACACACACACACCAGGUGUGGCAAAAUUAUUCUCUGCUUUUGACCCAUCCCCCUUGAUCACUGGGAGGUGAGGGGAGCAGUGAGCAGCAGCGGUGUCCACGCCCGGGAAUUAUUUUUGGUGAUUUAAACCCCAGUUCCAACCUUUGAGGCUGAGUGCCAUGCAGGGAGGUAAUGGGUCCCAUUUUUAUAGUCUUUGGUAUGACUCGGGCCUGGGGUUUGAACUCACGACCUCCCGAUCACAGGGUGGACACUAACCACUAGGCCGCUGGUGACCAUAUAAUUGUAAUUUGGUGUUGGGGAAAAAAAUCAUCCACAAUUCUUAUGAAACAAGAACACAUGUAUUUCUCUUUUCUGUGCCUUCUAAAUAGUAAAAAACUGCUAGCGCAAGGCGUCUAACAACACAAGUAAUGAGGAGUCAUCUAUUUUACCUAUGAAAAGCUCUAAAAAAAAAAAAAAUCCAAAAAGCGCCAACAAUGUUUUGUAUACAUGCCGUGACCUGCAUAUUAACCCAGCCAUAGCAACAUUUUUAUUAUAGGGGCUAACACAGAGGAACUACUUUUCUGGCUUUGUGACACAGUGUCUCACUACGGCCGCUAGCAAGAAGCAAAUCUCGCUCGCUAGUUACAUGAGUCUCUUCUACUGCUUCCAACCAGGUAGACUUGACAGGUAUGCCUGGUUGGCCACGCCUAUAAGAACAGCUGAUAGGCAACACGUCACAGUGGUCAGGUGACCCUUCUGAAGAAGACUAUAGAUAACAGUCAAAACAUGUCAGGUAAAAAAUUUUGUCUAAUAUACUAAAAAUAUUGUCUGAUUACUAGGGGUGUAACGUUAGGUGUAUUUGUAUUGAACCGUUUCGGUACGGGUGUUUUGGUUCGGUUCGGAGGUGUACCGAAUGAGUUUCCACACGGACAUAUUAAGUAGCGCACCGCACAUUGUGUAAACAAUGCACACCGGGGCACAACACACGACAUGCUAGCAGCGACCGGGCUACGAUAGACUGACCAUACCUCCUCUUUUUACCAGGUAUGUCCUCUUUUGCGGGGCUGUCCGGGUGGAGUUUCUUAAAUGCCUCAAAUGUCCGGCAUUUUAAGUUAGGGUUGCGUGUAUUUUCAAUGUACGUUCAGGGUUAGGAAGGGGUUAAAAACAAAACAAGUUGUGCACGCAGCAGCAUUUGUGAGGGAGGGGCAGAGACAGAGAGAGCGAGAGAGUUAUGAUAAACGCGCAUGCGUCGCCAGGCUCUGCUUUUUACCCAUAGAUUUAUCAGAUUUAAUUUUUUAUUACCUAUAGCAGGGGUGUCAAAAGUGUGCUCCGGAGGCCAUUUGCGGCCCACAGCUAAUGUUUUAAAAGCCUACGGCACAUUCUAAAAAUACUAUUAAAAUAAACAAAAACAUAAACAAAAGUCAAAUAAAAAAAGCUUAAAGGCUAAAUGUAAUUUAGAAAAAGUUGCAACGUUGACUAAUAAAACCAAGCUGUUUUAUUUCUUUCAAACUGUCAUUGCUCAAAACAUAAUAUUGAAUCAAAAUCAAUGUUAUUAUGAAUUAUUUACCUAUCCAAAGUUCCCAUUACUUCACAUCAAACAUUCCACUAAGAAAAAUAUUUUCGGUGGAAGAUUUUGCAAAGUUGGUAAAUAAAUAAGCCAAAAAUUUUUAUUUUGUUGUUUUCUUACUUAACCGAAAAUGAACCGAACCGGGACCUCUGAACCAGGGUACGUACCGAACCGAAAUUUUUGUGUACCGUUACACCCCUACUGAUUUCAAGAAAAUUUGAAAAAUAUAUGAAUAUUAAGACAUAAUGAACCUUUUUAAGCAACUUAAUGAAAGACUUGGGUACGGAUAUGUUAAAUCCCUCCGCCGCUUGGAGAGACUUGAGAAAACCAUGCACCUCCGAUGUAGAGACGAGGACAUCACGGCAACAAGCAUUUACAUAAAAAACCAUAUGAGAACCAAAAACGCAGAAAAAAUCAUUAGCAAAAAGAACUUAUGAAGGAAAAGGUACGGCUCACAGCGAACAAGAGUAACAGGAUCACAGAGCAAACAUAAGCGGAAAUGGACAACUUGAAGCAAAACUUACCAACUGAACACGAUACCGACACAAACAAGUUAAUAGAGACAUAUCUCAAACUCAUUUCCCAACAAAAAUUUGCCGUCACCAAAGAACGGCAGGUAAAUAAAUUAGAUAAGCUUAUCGACAGAAAAAGGAAAGAAGAGCUGAUAGGCAACACGUCACAGUGGUCAGGUGACCCUGCUGAAGAAGACUGCGGAUCACACUCGAAACAUGUCGGGUAAAAAUUCUGUCUAAUAUACCAAAAGUAUUGUCUAAUUACAAGAAAAUGCUAAAAGUUGUACUGGCAAUGUUUGACCCUUUGGGUGGGGCGGUAUAGCUCGGUUGGUAGAGCGGCUGUGCCAGCAACUUGAGGGUUGCAGGUUCAAUCCCCGCUUCAGCCACCCUAGUCACUGCCGUUGUGUCCUUGGGCAAGCCACUUUACCCACCUGCUCCCAGUGCCACCCACACUGGUUUAAAUGUAAAAAUUAGGUAUUGGGUUUCACUCUGUAAAGCACUUUGAGUCACUAGAGAAAAAGCGCUAUAUAAAUAUAAUUCACUUCACUUCACCCUUUAGAAGGCACAAAAAAGGAACAUAAGGAUUGUGAAUGAUGGACAAAAUUCCAAAAAAGUGCAGUUUUCUUUUAGUGAGGUGGCCACACACUGAUUAAAUUGAUUUCAAUUCAUUUCAAUGGGCAAAGUGGUUUUGCAAUACAAAGAUUUUCAAAGGCACGAGUUGCGUGACACACACUUCGUAAGAUGCCGUUUUUUAUCCGAUUCGGUUAUCAACCAAAUUUUACCAGGAUUGUUGUACACCAUUUUCCACCUGGACCGUUCAGAUUGUCUUAAAAGACGUUUGGGCUCUCGUGUGAGCAGGCUUCACCAAUUCAGGCUGUCAGACACAGAUAAAACAGCUCGAGUCUGCAGGAUGGUGACUGAUCCAAAGUAUUUAUCCUUUUUCCGGAGGGGAUCCAGCAUCGUGCUCUCAGACUAGACCGGUCUUAAUUAAUCAAUUUAAUGCCCUGACAAUUAAAAUAGACUUUAUUCCAUGUAUCUCAAACUCCAUUUACCUGGGGGCCACUGGAUGCAGAAACCGAGUGAGGCUGGGCCGCAAGAAAAGUAUCCAUCCAUUUUCUACCGCUUAUUCCCUUUUGGGGUCGCGGGGGGCGCUGGCGCGUAUCUCAGCAACAGUCGGGCGGAAGGCGGGGUACACCCUGGACAAGUCGCAACCUCAUCGCAGGGCCAACACAGAUAGACAGACAACAUUCACACUCACAUUCACAGUAUACAUCCAAAUUCUGACCAAAACCUUUCUUCUAAGGAAAGAUUUCUUAAAAAAACUAACAUGCACUUUUUAAUGAAUUCACCUUCUAUGAAUGGCUUUCCCGCCCUUGCAACAUAUUUGCCAAUCCUCAUGAUUUUUCCGGGAGACUCCUGAAUUUCAGUGCUCCUCCCGACAACCAUUCUCCUGAAUUUUUCCCAAUUUUCACCCGGCCGACAUUAUUAAAGGCUGCCGUGUCUGCACUGCCUUUAACGUCCUCUACAACAGUGGUUCUCAACCUUUUUUCAGUGAUGUACCUCCUAUGAUCAGUUUUUUAAUUCAAGUAACCCCUAAUCAGAGCAAAGCAUUUUUAGUUGAAAAAAAGAGAUAGAGAAGUAAAAUACAGCACUAUGUCAUCAGUUUUGGAUUUAUUAAAUUGUACAACAGUGCAAAAUAUUGCUCAUUUGUAGUGGUACUGAACUAUUUGAAAAAAAAGAUAUAAAAAUAACUAAAAAAGUUGUUGAAAAAUAAAAACUUGAUUCAAUUAUAAAUAAAGAUUUCUACACAGAGGUAAUCAUCAACUUAAAGUGCCCUCUUUGGGGAUUGUAAUAGAGAUCCAUCUGGAUUACCUACUUCUAAACAUUUCUUCACAAAAAAAUAACAAUUUAACAUCAAUAUUUAUGGAACAUGUCCACAAAAAGUCUAGCUGUCAACACUGAAUGUUAGAUUGUUGUAUUAUUUUUCCACAGUUUAUGAACUUACAUUCAUACUUCAUUGAAGUAUUAUUCAAUAAACAUAUGUAUAAAGGAUUUAUGAAUUGCUGCUGUUUUUUAGAAUGUUUUUAAUAAAUCUCACUUGUCCCUUGGCUUACCUUCAAGUACCUCCAGGGGUCCGUGCACCCCCAAAAGAAGACUACUGCUCCACUACAUGUCAUCGUGCACGCUUUUAUAUCACACAAUCAAUGUGCCGGCUCUGUAACAUGUUGUGUGAGACUUGUGCAGAAUGACGUCGGUGGCUGCAAGACGUACUUGUUCAACAGCCAUACAGGUCACACUGGUGGUGGCCGUAUAAAAAACGUUAACACUGUUACAAAUAUGCGCCACACUGUGAACCCACACCAAACAAGAAUGACAAACCAUUUUUGGGAGAAUUUCCGCACCCUAACACAAUUUAAACACAAGAGAACAAAUACCCAGAACACCUUGCAGGGCUACAAUAUACAACACCUCAACCGACGCAAGUAGGGAGGGUGGAGUUGGUGGUAGCAGGGGUGUGUAUAUUUCAGCCCAGAAGAGUGAGGUCUGCAUGGGAUUCUGGGUAAUUGUUCUGUUGUUUAUGUUGUGUUACAAUGCGGAUGUUCUCCUGAAAUGUGUUUGUCAUUCUUGUUUUGUGUGGGUUCACAGUCUGGCACAUAUUUGUAACAUUGUUAAAAGUUUUUUUACGGCCACCCUCAGUGUGACGUGUGUAGCUGUUGACCAAGUAUGUCUUGCAAACACACGUGCAUCUCACAUGGCCAGAUGCAACAUACAACUGGGCUUGCACGCUGUCAGUUCAGAAUGUAGGGGGCGCUAAAGGCUGUGCCAUUAUGGCAAUCCCUGAAUAUUGUUGAUCUGGUAAAAAUUGACAGGGGCUUCGAGAGAAUUGGUGCCCUGAAAUCCAGGGGUUUCCCAGUAAAAUUGGGGAAGUUGGCAAGUAUGACGCUGUCAAGCGCCGUUCAUAUUAAACUCGCGGGCCGCACCAACAUUAAAUUGUCAUAUCAAAGCGCGGGCUGCGUAAUAACGUCUCGCGGGCAGCAAUUGAGACCCGUGCUUUUUAUUCCAUUCUAAAACAUACCCCUCAUAACAUUACAUCUUAAUUCCGUCAUUGUUUUACCUUUUUAUCUGUGAAUGCGGCCCCUAAGGCUCCUUUUGUAGCUUGCUGCUUAGCUUGAUUUAAAUCUUUGAAUGCUAAUUACUGCUCUCACUUUAUCACAAUAGAGAAACCUUAUGUAAAAAAUUGUGCCUCUGCUGAAUUCAAUAUUAGGAUGUCAAGACUGGAAAAAUGUAAAUAACCAGGUGUGAAUUCCAAACCUCAGUUUUUAUUAUCAUUAUAGCCAAUAGAAGCAUGGUAUUUGUAGCGAUACUACUGCGGAGUGUCUUUAACACUGAUUUAAUGCCUGGAAUGCAAAGCGAUCUUGUGGCUAAGGCUAGAGAUUCUGCUUGUACGCGGUAAAUAGACGCUUGGCAAGAAUAGCACAUCGAAUAUUUAAGGGGUCACUUGAAGGAGAUGAGCUCAACACUGUGUUUUUUUUCUCUGGAGGAAAAUACUGUUGUUCACUUCAGACCUCCGCUCGACUGUCAACUGCCACAAUUAUGCGGUGAGCAGUGCCGGAUAUUCAAUCUAUGCUACAUUUAAGCCAAAGAAAAUUAAAAAUGCAAAACAUGCAUAUACUGCAUGUGUGUAUGAACAUGUUCUUGUCUUGCGUAACGUCCUUGGUGUUCACUUCCUGUGUGGCCCCGUGUCCCAAUACUUUUGUCCAUAUCCUCCUGAGUGCCAGCGUCCUCUACAGUGGACAUUUGUGUUUUUGAGCUGUGUUUAUUCUAAAAUGCGGAACUCUGACGAAGGAGUAGAGUAAACCCUCGUAUAUUGCUAUAUUGGUCCGGAACAUGGUCGUAGUGAGCAGAACUUUACAUAAUAAAUUGGAUAUUUUCAUAGCCAAAGUAUAAAAAAACCUGUUUAUGCCCUUCUACAGUAAAUCAGAUGAUCAGAAUAUGCUUUAUUGACCAAGUACGUUCAACACACAAGGAAUUUGCGUUGGUAGUCUGUGCUCUUUGUUCUGUAUAUUAACGAUGAAAAUGUAGACAAGUUCUUAAAUAACUAAUAUUUGCGAGGCUAACAAAAUAAGAGUGCAGUGGUGAAUAGAGCAAAGAGCAAAGAAGAUUAAGUAAACAUGAGUUAAAGUUAAAGUACCCAUGAUUAUCACACACACACUAACUGUGGCAAAAUUAUUCUCUGCAUUUGACCCAUUACCCCUGAUCCCCCCCUGGGAGGUGAGGGGAGCAGUGAGCAGCAGCAGAGGAGGAAGUACCAAUACUAACUCUAACAUUAUGGGAGCCCACUAGGUCCCUUUUACACUCUUUUAAUCUAAUAUAGCAAUUGGGGCUGUGUAUUUUCCAUAUUUGAAUCGAUACCAGUACUUUUGUGUGUGUUCAAAUGUGUGAAUAAAUGUUAACAGUUUUUAAAAAAAAAAAUUCUAUUCAACACUGAGUUGUGCGAGCGCAAGUAUUAGUCAAAUUUGCACGCAUACGUUAGAUGGCAGUUGUGUUUUGACUACAAAGUGUUGCCUUAGUCAGGAAGUAGUCUUUGCCGUUAAGCUGAAUAGACCAGUCUUUCCUUUUGUUGAGUAAUACACUGCACCAGCUGUUUGGUGUUAAAAUCGCCAUGUAAAAUCGCUAAUGUCUAUGGUAUAGUCAAUGUGAAUUAGCAUCAAGCAAGCGCAUUUUAAAAAGUGGAGCCGUGUAUGCCUUUUAAGCGCCUUCUUUUUGCAUUGCUGGCAUGGAAAAUUGUAACGAAGGCUGUCCAUCGGAGUAUGCUCUGAGGGCUUGUUUCCCGACCAAGUGCUUGAGCCGAGUGCUAGGCCACCAGACGUGACGUCACAUACAACUUUUAAAGGCCUACUGAAAUGAGAUUUUCUUAUUUAAACGGCGAUAGCAGGUCCAUUCUAUGUGUCAUACUUGAUCAUUUCGCGAUAUUGCUAUAUUUUUGCUGAAAACAUUUAGUAGAGAACAUCCACGAUAAAGUUUGCAACUUUCGGUGCUAAGAGAAAAGCCCUGCUUCUACGGGAAGUCGCAGACGAUGACAUCACAUGUUUGAUGGCUCCUCACAUAUUCACAUUGUUUAUAAUAGGAGCCUCCAACAAAAAGUGCUAUUCGGACCGAGAAAACGACAAUUUCCCCAUUAAUUCGAGCGAGGAUGAAAGAUUCGUGUUUGAGGAUAUUGAUAGCGACAGAAUAGAAAAGAAAAAAAACGCGAUUGCAUUUGGACGGAUUCCGAUGUUUUUAGACACAUUUACUAGGAUAAUUCUGGGAAAUCCCUUAUCUUUCUGUGGUGUUGCUAGUGUUUUAGUGAGUUUAAUAGUACCUGAUAGUCAGAGUGGUGUGUCCACGGGUGUCUGGACGCCAAUGUCUCAGGGGAGUUGAUGGCAGCUAUGGACGGCACAAGCUCAGCUUUUCUCCGGUAAGAAGCGACUUUUUAACCACAAUUUUCUCACCGAAACCUGCUGGUUGACAUGUAGUCGGGAUCCAUGUUCGCUUGACCGCGCUCUGAUCCAUAGUAAAGUUUCACCCCCAGGAAUUUUAAACAAGGAAUCACCGUGUGUUUGUGUGGCUAAAGGCUAAAGCUUCCCAACUCCAUCAUUCUACUUAGACCUCUUACUUAAUUGAACAAAUUGCAAAAGAUUCAGCAACACAGAUGUCCAAAAUACUGUGUAAUUAUGCCGUUAAAGCAGACGACUUUUAGCUGUGUGUGUGUGCAGCGCUCAUACUUCCUAAAAACCUGUGACAUCUUGCGUACACGUCAUCAUGACACGACGUUUUCAAGACGAAAAUCCCGGGAAAUUUAAAAUUGCAAUUUAGUAAACUAAAAAGGCCGUAUUGGCAUGUGUUGCAAUGUUAAUAUUUCAUCAUUGAUAUACAAACUAUCAGACUGCGUGGUGGGUAGAAGUGGGUUUUAGUAGGCCUUUAAGUAUUGAUUGUAUGUGAAUAGGUACCAGACUAGGCUUUGGUACCAUCCCAAGAGUAAAGCUGUCUUAUGCGGAGUCCUUCACUGGCCACGAUACUAAACGUCACGCUCUGAUUGGUUUGGUCUCACAUAGUGGCAAAUAAUACUAAUGAUAGUAUUGAUCUUUUUAGUUAAUUUAGUCCAAAAACACAUAAAAAUAUGCUUAAAUUCAAACACUGUCCACUGGAGUGGACGCUGAUUCUCAGGAGGAUCUAUGCUAAACUUUAAGAAAACAUGACAUUCCUUUUUGAUCAUUGCUGACAAUCUCAGCAAAGCUGCCCUUCUGUAAGUGUCUGUGUUUGUGUGUGUAUGUUUGUAGUACAAACACUAUUAAACUUGUAUCUGCUAAGUGGGAGAAUGCUGGCUGCUCAUAAUGUGUUACACUGAUACAAACCCUGCAUUAGAAUGAAAUGUGAGAUGGCUGAUGUGAUCUUUAUCGUGUCAGACAAACAUCUAUUCCACUUGUCUAUGUCUGAUGUUGUGUGCUCUUUCUGUCCGUGGUAUACUUUAUAUCGGUCCAAAGUAAUGCAUUGUUGAAGUACUGCAGUAAUAAUAAAGUACUAUACAAAUUAAAA